CGAAAAUAAAUGCAUGAAAUUAAUAAGGGGUUUCAAUUAAAAAAUUACAAAGGUAUGCAAUUAAGAAACCAUUGGCGUAGACUUUCGACGUUCUUCUGGGUACAUUUAAAUGAUCCAUUGGCGUGGUACAUGCAGGUUUUGGAGUCACUACUGAAUUUUUCUGUUGCACACGGGGUUCCAUCGAACUUGCAUACAUCUACUAUUAUAGGACGUGACACGUGACAAUUUUUUAGUAAAAAUUCGGCUUUUUCACUUCCUCGCACGUAAAUACAAUCAGCAUGGUUUAGUAAAUAUGUUUCCAGAAUCGAGUUUAACUUGGAAUAAUCCACGUCUCCAGAGGAAUAGCUGACUCCAUGAAUAUGUUUCUCAACAUAUCUAGCGCUAAUUCUAUCAGGCGUAUUUAGGUUAGAAUAAGGUGUAGGCGGUGUGAACAAAGCGUGGUAUUGUUUACAACCAAUUGCGAUACUCAAUUCCUUCGGAUGAAAAAUACCGUAUUAACCUUGGAUGUCAACGAAUGCGAUCCUCAUGAUGACAGAAACGAGACUGAAUUAGAACUACUUUUUGACACGCCGUGUAGGAAUAUCAUUUUUUAAAAAGUGUUUCAUGUAGAGUGGGAGAGCGAUUAUAUAAAUUGAAGAAAAUCAAGUUUGACAUCCUCAGUUGUUUGUAGUCAAUCUGUAAAAAUGUAUUCUCAAGAUUCUGGUUACGGUUCAAGUAGUGAGUUUGAUUUUUCGUUACAACCAUCAUCACCAACACCAUCAUCGGGGGCGUCUGAAAAAUACGGUCGUGAACUAGAUUCUCUAUUAGAGAAGUAUGAAGAAGCAGCUAAGAACGAAGUUCAUUACCUACUCUACACGCAAUUCCUACAAGGUUCCUAUCAAAUUGGGUGUGGUCUUAGUCCAGCGAGAUCGUUUACUCCCGCUGUUGUUAUACAAAAAGGACAGUCGGAAAAAAUAUCGUUUAGUUCCUAUGAGUGGGAACAAUUAAUAACCCUACUUCAAGACAACAAUUUUUUUAACGAGAUUGUGGAUCUUCCUGAUGAGUACGACGGUAUUGAGUUUCAGUGUGGUGAUUACUGCAAAGUUCGACAAGUGAUCUUCGAAGAUACAAAGUUUAUUAUCGUAAGCAAACACAAUAUAGACUUUUGGUUAACAGAACAAGAUGUUAUGGAACUUGUUGAUUUAAAUAGGCAACUGUUGACAUCAUAUGUGUUAAUGCUAGAGACUGUUCAAUUUCCACAAUAUUACUAUAAAAUUCUAAAUAUAAUUAGAAGUAGUUUUAAUGAUAAGAAUUAUACAUUUUCAGGUGCUUUUCAUAAAAUGCAUGUAUUUAAAAAUUUAGAUUCUAACUUGAAAAAUGUUGCAUUAGGACAAUUCAUUUAUUUUUAUAAACAAAAAAUUGUAAACGAUUUUGAAAGAAUUUAAUAAAUAUGUUUUUGUUAAAAAAUUAUUUUGUUUUAUUUAAAAGAAGAAAAAGGUGAAAUAGUCGAGACGGUAUAAUAGCGCUUUUCGAUUUUAUUUACCACAAUAUUUGUCAGCGCCUUACACCGUUCGGCUAUUUCCACUUCUGUCUGAAGCGUUCAAAAACAUCGUUUUUACCAUUUUUUUUUCUACAUUUACAUCGUGUUCACCACGCUAUCUAUCAAAGCUGAACUGAUAAAUUUACUUACUUUAAAAGUUAUUAAAGAAUUAUUCUAUAUCUAAAAAGCUUACAUCUAAAAAGGCAAGAUAUAAGUUGGGUUAUUUUUCAAUAAAAUUUUCAUACAAAGCAUCUGUUACCUCAUUUAAGUCAUUAUUAGGAUAUUAAAAGUGAGAAAAUUUUAUUGAAAAAUAACAGCAUCCAAUAAAAUAGUUUUUAAAAAGUUAAUCGUUCUUAUUGACAAUAAGUCGAAACGUCCGGAAUGUCCGGAUUAUAACAAGUUUAAACUCUAACAGUUUGUAACAAAAGACAACUGUCAAAAUGGUAAUUAUGACAUAAUCUUUUAACGUAUACGAUUUAACAAAAGCCUACCUCUGUAGAAUUUUGUGAUCUUAUAAUUAACAGGCAUCAUAAAACAUUUAUAGAGGUACAAUAUAAAAAUACUUAAAAUAAUUAUACAAUAAAAAAAAAAAUAAAAGUGGACUAAUAAUAGGCUUAAAAGUAGUAAUCAUAAAAUUAGGGAUAUCUAAACACGAUUGAACCAUGCAUUUCACCAAGACACCAGUUUUUGUAAAUAGUUAUUUUAUUGGAACAGAAUGUCGAAAAUUGUCAGUUUUGUUUAGCAAAGCGAAGUUUAACCUUUCCGCUUAUAAUUUGCUAACCUUUCCGCUUAUAAUUUGCUAGUGUAUAAAUGUAAUUUAAUAUUCUAGGCCUAAAGGGCCGUAAUUCAUAGUCGAAAAAGUGCAAAAGACCCUAGUAUAUAUAAGUUAGGCAAAAUAUGUGCAAUAUCUCCUAGCAGUUUGUACGUCUAAAGAUACAUUGUAUAUUGUAUUUGAGUAAAGAAAAUAAAAAUCUAUUUUUGCAAUUUUUCAAACGUUUUCAUAAAAAAAAAAAAUAUAUUUUCAUAAUGGUUAGAAUUCAAGAAGUUGACAACCGCAGAUAAGUAAAUCAUCGCAUAUAUGCCCGUUGUUGAAAACACGGUAAACCGCAACGUUUGUGGAACAUUGUUUUUAUAAUAAUAUCUAGAUAUUACAAUCUAUAAAUAAAUACCAAGACCUUUGUAAAUAUUUUUUGUUUAACAGUUUUCGUGAGUGGAAGUGAACAAUAAAAUUUUUGUUUUGUAGUUUAUGUGACUGGUGACUGUACACCAGGACCGCACUCUCAAUUUUCUUCAAGCAUCAAGAAGUUUUGGUAACUUUUUGAUACCUUUGUGGGACCUUUGAAUCAUUAUUGUUAUAUGUCACAGAAUUAACAAGCGAAAACAAUGGAACCUCCCGCUAAACUUGUACGAGGCUACGAAAAUUUGCUGGGAUAUUUAGAGGAUACUAUUUCUUGAUGUGUGAAGGAUACACCCUAGGAGAGUUCCUCUACACAAUCGGCUGUUUGACAUCCUCUCUAUAGCAACAUAACAUAACAACAGGACUUUAUCUGUCUUCGACUCCUCUUCAGAGAUCUUCAGAUGUCAUCAGAGGUCUUCAGAGGUGUUCAAAUGUCUUCGGAGGUCUUCAGAUAUCUUCAGAUGUCUUCAGAGGUCUUCAGAGAUGUUCAGAUGUCUUCAGGUGUCUUCAAAUGUCUUCAGGUGUCUUCAGAGGUCUUCAAAUGUCUUCAGAUGUCUUCAGAUGUCUUCAGAUGUCUUCAGAGGUAUUCAUAUGUCUUCUGUUCCAAUAAAAUAACUAUUUACAAAAACUGGUGUCUUGGUGAAAUGCAUGGUUCAAUCGUGUUUAGAUAUCCCUAAUUUUAUGAUUACUACUUUUAAGCCUAUUAUUAGUCCACUUUUAUUUUUUUUUUUAUUGUAUAAUUAUUUUAAGUAUUUUUAUAUUGUACCUCUAUAAAUGUUUUAUGAUGCCUGUUAAUUAUAAGAUCACAAAAUUCUACAGAGGUAGGCUUUUGUUAAAUCGUAUACGUUAAAAGAUUAUGUCAUAAUUACCAUUUUGACAGUUGUCUUUUGUUACAAACUGUUAGAGUUUAAACUUGUUAUAAUCCGGACAUUCCGGACGUUUCGACUUAUUGUCAAUAAGAACGAUUAACUUUUUAAAAACUAUUUUAUUGGAUGCUGUUAUUUUUCAAUAAAAUUUUCUCACUUUUAAUAUCCUAAUAAUGACUUAAAUGAGGUAACAGAUGCUUUGUAUGAAAAUUUUAUUGAAAAAUAACCCAACUUAUAUCUUGCCUUUUUAGAUGUAAGCUUUUUAGAUAUAGAAUAAUUCUUUAAUAACUUUUAAAGUAAGUAAAUUUAUCAGUUCAGCUUUGAUAGCGUGGCGUAAAUGUAGAAAAAAAAAAUGGUAAAAACGAUGUUUUUGAACGCUUCAGACAGAAGUGGAAAUAGCCGAACGGUGUAAGGCGCUGACAAAUAUUGUGGUAAAUAAAAUCGAAAAGCGCUAUUAUACCGUCUCGACUAUUUCACCUUUUUCUUCUUUUAAAUAAAACAAAAUAAUUUUUUAACAAAAAC